UGCCAAAACACGAUUGCCGGUUGAUAAGAAUACUGCGGCGAUGAUAACGUAAUGAAGAAAUUUGAAAUAUGAAGUUUGUUGUUAGUUUAACGAAAAACUAUGAUGUUAAGUGUAAUUUUAUGGUGCUUGCACUUUACAAAUGUAUCUCAUUGUAUUGAUUGAUCGGUUACGUUGUGAUUUUUACGUGUAUCUGCUAAUUAACACAUGUUGCAUAGUAACUGCAUUGAACAUGGAAACAGUAAUCACUUACGACGAGGCAGAUUACAUAUUCAGCGUUCCAUGUAAGAAUACAUUUUCAAAAUUCGAUGAUAUCAUUCGUUCCCAGUGGAAUGAGAAAUUGAACCAAAACUUGUUUCGAUACAAAUUGAAUAUUACCAAGGAGAAGUUUAUAAAAAACAAAUUUUACUUACAAUUGAACACAGACAGAGGAGUCAAUCGCAGAAAACCUUCUGAUAUUUCAAGUAUCAAUCAGCCUUUCGAUCCUUCGACUUUCAAUUUUAAUAAAAUCAACCCAGAUGAGAAGUUAUGCAGUUUGAUGCAUAAGAAUAGACCAAACGAUCACGGUAAACACGCAGUUUUGAUCAAUGUAAGUCCUUUGGAAUUUGGCCAUAUUUUAUUAGUACCCAACUUGAAGGAUAAUUUACCACAAGUACUUACCGAAGAAGCUAUAAAGUUGGCCGUUGAAGUAAUUUUGUUGAGUAAAACAUCAUUUUUCAGAUUUGGCUUCAAUAGCUUAGGAGGGUUUGCUACCGUGAAUCAUUUACAUCUUCAUGGAUAUUAUUUGGAGCAGUGUAUGUUUCUUGAAAUUUCCCCGGUUGAAGAAGUAUGUAAUCCUUGCUACCAAAUAUCGAAUUUUCCCAGCAAAGGAUUUGCGUUUCAAAUUAAAUGUACCGAAGAAAUCGAUCCGAUAGUGAAAAAUGUUUACCGUUUAGUGAAGUUUCUACAAACGAGGAACAUCCCUCAUAAUUUGUAUAUUACUCGAGGAAUACCGUUCGAUAAAACGUUGUCAAACAGUCUGUUGGAUGUAUUGAAUGAUGAGUUACCAGAUUAUCAUGAUAGUAGAACUAGAACCUGUUUGAGAAUUUUUGUUUGGCCUCGAAAGCCCAGUUAUGGUUGCAAAGACACCACAGAUUUGAACGUUGCUACAUGCGAAUUAUUUGGACAUUUAGUGAUCAAAAACGAAUCUCAAUACGAGUCUCUGAACGAGGUAGAUAUUAAUAAUAUAUUAGAAGAUCUUACUAGCGAAGAAUUUAAUGCUGUCGUGAAUCAUGUUUCACAGAUACUUACCAUGUAAUUAAAUCUUUAAUUCGGG